CAACAAGACAACGCAAUGUCUGAACAAAUUACUCUUUACACUGCGAAAAUCUGUCCUUAUGCGCAACGGGCUGAGAUAGCUCUAGCGGAAGCGGGCGUGGACUACACAAGAUAUGAAAUUGACUUGCAGAACAAGCCAGGCUGGUAUGCUCCCAAGGUUAAUCCGGCAAGCAAGGUUCCUGCGAUUUCAUAUGGCGGUCCGAAAGUAGCCCCAGAACAGCCUUCUCCUGACUCUGUCAAGAUUGCAGAGUCGCUCGUUUUACUCGAAUUCUUCGCGGACCUCUUCCCAGGGUCCAAGCUUCUCCCAAAGGAUCCUGUCCUGCGCGCACGCGCACGGUUCUUCAUCGACGCUGUGAGCACCAAACUCACACCGGGUUGGGCAGCCUUCGUUAUCCGUGGCGAAAGUCCGGAGGCGUUCUUCUCUGGUGCUGAGGCCAUCCAGGCGCUGCUUCCCGAUGACAAAAAGUUCGCAGUCGCCGAUGAUUUCACGAUUGCAGAUGCAGCCAUCGCUCCGUUCCUUGGUCGUGCUUUCGUUGCAUUGAAGAACGAUAUUGGAACUUAUGCACCUGGUGAAGGGAAGAAAGCACUUGAAGUCCUUAACAGUCCGCGGUUCAGCAAGCUCUUGAACUACUUCAAGCGGAUCGAAGCGCGCGAGAGUUUCAAGUCAACGUUCGACGAGGAACACAUUAAAGAGAAGUUUGGAAAGCGGUUUGCAGAGACUAGGGCAAAGAAACUCGCAGCAUGAAAGUGAAGUCGAACUCAAAGAAGUCAUUCACGCCAGACUGUAGAAUAUGUAUGAUGUUAAAAUGUAUGACGUAACGGUGUUUACAUUUGUUAUCUGC